CAUGCUCCGUCUCCUUAUCUUGUAUCGUUUGGCCGCUCCCGGGGUUACCCCCCUCUCCUUACAAAUCACCCCUCCAUUCUUGAGCGGCAUCGUAAGGACUAUGUUGAGCUCUCCAAAAGUGGCCAAGACACGUGUGGCUCUGUGGAGACUGGUCACUUUGCCAUAUCAAUGUGUCAUAGCUUCAAGCAUAGCCAAUUUAUAUUCUCUUGCCUUGCGCAAUGCGUUGUCUCUUUCUCUCUCCCCGCUCUAUCAGGAAUUCAUAACUUCAUAGACUAAUAGCAAGGCUCUUCGCGAUCAUGGAAGACAUAGUAAAGAAGAUCGAGAUCAAUUGUGAUAUGGGGGAGGGGUUUGGCAGAUGGAAGAUGGGACCAGAUGAGGAAUUGAUGAAGUACGUUGACGUCGCGAACAUUGCCUGUGGUUUCCACGCCGGGGAUCCUUCUAUAAUGGUCAAGUCGGUCAGACUUGCGAAGGCACACGGCGUCAAAGCGGGGGCACAUCCAGGACUGCAAGAUCUCUUUGGCUUUGGACGACGUCGAAUGACCGUCGACCCCGCCGAUAUGUACGCGAUGGUUCUCUACCAGGUCGGGGCCCUCAAAGCCAUCCUCGACGCCGAGGGUGUUCCUCUCAACCAUAUCAAGCCCCACGGCGAGCUGUUCUUCUACAUGCAACGGGAUUUAAAGAUCUGCAGAGCUGUAUUAGAAGCAUGCGCUCUGUUCAAGGUCCCGAUCUAUGGCGCGAAGGGCUCGGCCGAUGAGAAGGCCAUUUGCGAGGAGCUGGGCCUGCCAUUUAUUGAGGAAGCAUAUGUGGAUGUGGCUUACGACAAGAAUGCAAAGAUCAUGCCCAUUGGGCAAUUCAAGACGAUCACCACGGAGGAAAUUUACACAAAGACUCUGUUAAUUGGUCGGACGGAUCAUAGUAUCGACGUGGAUGGGGACAAAGUACACCUUGGGUUUGGUGGAAAGCCCUUCAGCAUUUGCCUGCACUCAGAUAUGCCCACAGCGCUGGAAAAUGUGAAGCAAUUGAGGAAAGCAGUGGACGAGCUUAAUGCGGAGAAGUUUCCGACCGCCAGCUGA